AUGGAGACAGAAGCAGUAAUAGAAGCAGGAUUGUUCGACGUGGGGAUACUUCCAUGUAACUUCAGGAGCUCUGUCUCCGAUGCUGCUCGGAAUCAUCAGAAGCUAUCGACAACAGUGAGGGAAGAGACGAGAACUCGUCCUCCAAUUUCGUAUUGUGUGAAGUUCGAGUCAUUUGCCACUAUGUCCAAACUGGUCACAGGCAACGGUGACAAGUACGAGUCACGUCCUUUCUCAGCCGGUGGAUACAAUUGGACGUUCCUAAUCUACCCAAACGUGAACAAGCCAGUGGGCUCGGGUGGAUACGUCUCCCUUUACGUAAAAGUCGACAAUUCAAGCUUCAUCGCUACUCAAAACGAAGUGUAUGCAUGGAUCAAAUUCCUCACCUAUAAAAGCACUACAGACACAUACCAUGAGCUCCAUGCGACUGAGGCACAAAGAUUUCAUUUGUUUAAACAAGAGUAUGGAAUGCUAACCUUUCUAGAGAUCGGGUACUACCAAAAUCCGGCGUAUGGAUUCAUUUUCAACGGCGGACAGAGUGUGUUUGGUGUUGACAUCGUGGUUUCUAAACAAUCUGCCACAUGGGAAGAUGUCUCUUAUGAAGAAAACAUUCGUAAUAUUGCUUCUUACACAUCUGAUACGUUUUCUUCCGGAGGAAGAAACUGGGUAUUGAAAGUGUAUCCACAUGGAGUUGGGUCUGCAACGGGUAAUUCCUUGUCACUCUACUUGUUGAGUGCGUCAAACGAAAAGGGCUACGUGAAAGCCAAGUUUAGAGUUAUUAACCAGACCCCAUCCAACAAUGUAGAGAAACAAGUGGGUGGAUGGCCAAACGCAAAAGAAAAUGGAUGGGGUGUCGACAAACUUAUACCACUCGCAGAUAUCAAAGACCCAUCCAAAGGUUUCCUUGUAAAGGAUACCAUCAGAUUUGAAGUCGAGAUCCUGGCCUUCUCUAGAACCGACUCCAUCUCUAACUAG